AUUUGUCAGUUAUUCUCCGCUACGCCGAUAUUAGCGGGGGCGAACUAACAGAGGAAUUGGACAACACGUGUGCUCCUUGCACUGAAAGGAAUCCCACGCGUCCCGUGCUGAUGUUUCGUGAUUUUUGUGUGCAUUUAACUCCUCGCGGUGGUUGUGGCUGUAGCCGCGCGCACCGUGCUAGCGGUAGCCGCCGCUACUCGUACGCCUAGGCCGCGCCGCGCUGCGCUGUAUCGGACGGCGAGGUCCCGCACCGCACUGCUCUACUGCGCCGCUAGCCGCGUGACGAGCACCACACACGGCACCGCGGAGGAGGAGAAAACUGUCCACGGAGCUUCUCAGUCACGCACCGCGACGUAUAUUAUGAACUGACAGGCGAUUGGAAGCGGCAGUGGCGGAGCCAGCGGCAGCCGCAUGGAGACCGCCAUGACACAACGCUGCUUCAUAGUCAGGCACUGACGAGUGCAAAAGAAAAUGGAAGAACAUGAGGGACCGGUACUUGAAGGAAGUGCGGAUGGAGAUCAAAAGCAAAAAGCAAGGGGAGAUUGUACCCAGCAGAUGGAAGUACAGACAGCUUAUGAACUUUAUUGCACCCUUUGCUGGCUCGAGAUGUGGAAUGCUUGACCUGUGUGGCAACGAUGACGACGACCAUGACCAUCAUGACAACGAGUCUGGCAGUGUGGAGGGAGAAUCCACAUCACCUGAAACGGCCAAGGUGCCGCAGUCCAUCAUGAAGGGCCCCGUGUGUCAACCUGACCUCAAGCCUCAGGUCUCGUUUGUGUCGCAGGUCCCAUCAAUGUCUCAGGAGUCACAGAUGGUGCAGUUUGCCGCUAUGGCGAAGUUGCCGUCAAGCCCCACCAUCAGCAAAACUGGACGAAAACGACGCCUGGUGCAAGAUUCGCUUUCAUCGCCGCCUUCUCAAAAUUCUCAAUCCCCAACAAAAUGGCUAGUGAAAGACAAUGGCACAGCAUUUCCCACCAGGCCCCGAGAUGAGGAUGAACUGUUUUUGCUGAGCUUUGUCCCUGCUCUGAAGCGACUCGCUCCACAGAAAAGGUGUGAGACAAAAAUAAAGAUCCAGCAGAUUAUGUAUGAAGCAGAGUUCAACAUUGCAAAGUCAGAAUGCCACGAGAAACACACGGAGCAAGAAACACCGGACUAGAUCAAACUUACUUUUUUUUUUAUACUUUAUUUUUGAUUUCUAUAAAACUCUUCCACAGAUUGACGAAAAUAUUUGUUUUUCCUUUUUUGUACAGCAUAAAGUGGGUGAGUGUGAAUGAAUCGUUCGGCUUUUCAACAGAUCUCA